AGAGGGAGAGAAACCAAGAAGAUCCAUAACAAAAGCAGUGAGCUGUUAUAACUAUAAUGCAUGACAAGUUCUGUGGGAAAAUCAUGAGACAAAGCUUACAGAAAGGUUUGCCCAAGCAUGGAGGUGUUGUAUUCUGGAACAUCAGAUAGAAACCUGACCUAGGUCUCCCUUGCAGUAGAGCAUCUGCCCAGCAUAUAAACAUAUAAACAAGGCUCUUUAUUUGGAUUUGAUUCCCAAUAGAGAAAAUUUAAAAUGCCACUUAUCCACAAACCUAAAAUGUAAGUUGGUUCCAAUAAAGUGCAUUCCCAUUGAGCAAAGAAGAUGUGGAUACAUGGUUAUGUCUCCAGAUAUGUGAGGGGCUUUUACAUAUGGACUGAGAGAUGUUCUGAGACUCCAUUGAACAUGCUAAGACCUCUGGUAGAGGACAUCAAGAAGCUAAAGCCCACUCAGCACUGUCUCUGGAGAUGGUAAGUUCCCCAGAACUGGAGUGGGAGGAAGGCAAAGGGAAUCACACUUGACAUUUCGAAAACACCAGGUCUGUGCUUUCCGACAAAAUGCAUCCCAAAUGUUUCUCCUAGCAAGUAAUUCAUUUUACUGUUCCCAUAUGUAAGUGAGGAAAAGAGUGUAAGUAGCUUGCUUUGCUCAUGGGGUAAAGCCCCUGACAUGGUCCUUCUUCUGUUUAGGCUAGAGACACUGACACCUAUAAGUGAGGUUAGGACUAGCUCCUUUGAAGGACCCUUCCCUGACCUGGAGUGAUUGUCUUUCCCUAAAGCAGGCCCCUAGUCGCCAGCUCCAAUAGUACAUUAGAACCAGAACCAGGCAGAGGCUCUGUUGACCAGAGGGAACUGGAACAAUGUAACAAUCCCAGGCCCCAAAAAACUCUGUCCUGAAGUCCUCCUAUACAAAAUGCUUGGAAAGGGAAAUGGCUAGAUGUGGCAGUGAAGAGUAGUGGCCACAAGGUGGCAGCAGAGUUUCAGCUGUAGAGGCCCAUUCCCCAGUUCUCUUGCAAAGAUGGGCCUGUCCACAAAAUUUACAAGCCACCUUUACUCAGGCUCCAAAAAGGGUCUCCUAUUUCUCACUUAACUAUCUACAGGUAAAUCUUACGAGUAGUUAACCCACAUUUAACCUCACUAGAAGCAAUGAGGAUUGAAAUGGGCUGUAGUCCUGACCAUCCAUUCCAGGCAGGAGUAGGGACCAAGCUGGGUCAUCCUAGCCUGCUCUUAACCAUAGUUCCUUCCUAUCCAGGAUGUAAUGCCCAAUCCUGACAGGAGUUUCUCCAGUCAGGAACAAGAAGUGAUCAACUGAAGCUUCUCCAACCUGUUGAAGGAUUGGAGGUUCUUGUAAGGUUCCCCCAGGGCCUAGCUCUGACAAACUGUCUGCAAUUAAUGAUGCUUCCUGAGCUCCAGAGACAAGAUUUAUGCAUCUAAUAAAGUCUGUAACUCCAGGCUUAGGCUGGAGGUAGGAAGCUGAGAGCAGAAAGUCCCCAGGGGAGUAUAGGAGGGGUCCCAGGUGGCUCUUAAUAGAGCCAUGCAUUUCCAUUGCCUGUCUAGAUUUCCCCCCAGGCUGUUGAUGAGGUGGGGGUAGGGGACAUCAGGUAUAAGAAGACCGUGGGCCACUGAGGAGGCAGAUGGCAGCAUGGAUUCCAAGUGGACUGUUGUGCUGCUGCUAUUGCUGCUGCUGCUGAACUGGGGCCACACUGAAGAGGCAGGGAGCUGGGGUGAAGACCAAGUCUUUGCAGAAGAAGAUAAGGGACUCCACCCACCACAGUAUGCCCACACUCCAGACAGGAUCCAGAUUCCUGGGUCCCUCUUGCGUGUUCUGCUCCAGGCCAUGGAGAGACCUAGAAGGAAUCCAGCCUUCCUGUUUCAGCCCCAGAGGUUUGGCAGAAAUGCUUGGGGGUCCUGGAGCAAGGAGCAGCUGAGUCCCCAGGCUAGAGAGUUCUGGAGCCUGGCCGCUCCUCAGCGCUUUGGGAAGAAGUAACAUCAUCUGCUGUGAUGUCUGCAUGCACAAUUACUUCUCCAUGUACCAUGUGUACCCCUAAAUAAAAUGAUCUGGCUUC